UUUAAGAUAUGGGCCAAUAAUAUACUUAAACAAAGAUCAUUAGCAAUACAUAAUGAUAUAAUGGAUGAUCUAUCGGAUGGAAUAUUAUUGAUUAAUUUGAUGGAGAUAUUGACGAAUAGGAAGUGUGAAGGCAAUCAUAGUUCAAAGCCAACAAACAGGUUUCAAAAGAUAUCCAAUGUACAAUUGGCAUUGUCGGCAAUCGAACGCUAUGGCAUACGUCUGAUAAAUCUCUCGGCGGACAACAUCGUCGAUCGCCACAAGAUGACCCUGUCGCUCAUUUGGCGCAUCAUCCAAAAGUUCCACAUACAGCAGUUCAUGAGCGACGAGGAUCUCGAGCCAGACAUUGACGACUUUGGCGGCGGCAGCGGUGGCAACGCUGCGCCACGUGCUCGCGAGAACAUCUACAAGACCACACGCGGCAUGCCCAGCACAUCGAACAAGACACCGCGUGAAGCCCUACUGCGAUGGUGUCGUCGCGAGCUCGAAAGCUACACGCUCAACACACCAAUCACCAACUUUACCAAGUGCUUCCAGAACCCGCAGGUGUUCUACGCGUUGGUCCACCAUCAGGCGCCAACUGCCAUCACUCUGAACGAGCUAAAUGAGCUGGACGAGGUCGCCGGCCUCAAGAAGUGCUUUGAGGUGGCCGAGCGCGUGCUGGGCAUCCCCUCGAUGCUACAGCCGCAGUCAAUCAUCGAUGGCCAGCUUGACGAGAGCUGUAUAAUGACCUACGUGGCUUACUUCCUCAACUUCCAAAGGACGGGCCCGUCUGGCCCCGUGACCCAACACCAUCGCGGCCACAAUCGCGCCUCGUCCACUGGCUCCAACACUUCGACAUCUUCCGCCGCCAGCUUCACAAGCCCCUCUGGCGGCAUGUACAAUACUCUGGCGUCCAGCGAUGGCAAAUUCAAGAGGCCGCCACUCAAGCGCCAGGACACGUCGUCCACGUCGGACAAGAUGUCCAUCUUCACCCUGGCCUCACCCCCAACCUCUCCCUCAUCCAACAACAACAAUAUCAACUCAUUACUGCCACACAGCGUCAUGACUCCACCAACAUCACCAGGCAGCGACUACAGUAGUAUCAGCAGUCUAAAGACUACAGCCACACAACCUCCUUCUUCAUCCUCCUCAUCAUCAUCGUCUGCAGCAGCAAUCGCGUCCGUAAUGGCCAGUCUCAAGCAAGACCUGUUGCGAGUCACUGGCAACCACGAAGCAGCGCUCAACAAGACUGCGUCGCGACUCGAUCAGAGUGUAAACGUCGUGGGCGAGAAGCUGCAGCAGCUCGAGAAGAAGGUCAUCACAUUCAAGCAGGGCAUGAACAACAACACAAACAACCCAACUCCAAUCACUACGCCACCAUUGUCAGCGGUCGUUGGCUCACCUGCGUCGAGCGGUGCCAGCCCCGCGGCGGCGGCAACCUCCCCACCAACAGUAGCGGUGCCCAAGGCGUCAAAGAAGAAGGACAGGAAUGGCGAGACAAAGGAAGAGCGCGAGCUACGUCGCGAGCAUCGAAGAAGCAGGAGAAAGCAUCGUGAGGAGAAGAAGCGCGAGAAGGAGAUGCUAGGCAGCGCAGCCACACUGACCAUGUCGUCAUCAUCGUGCAGUCUUCUCAGCCACGAGGAGGUGCACCAUAUGGAUCGCGAGGAUCAACGCAAGGUUGUCAAGGUGCAGGCGGUGGUGCGCGGCUACCUUGCUCGUCGCCAAUACAAACGCAUCAAGAACAGACGCGACGUUGCAAUGGAACUGCUGACCACCGAGCGAUCAUACAUCAACAGCCUUCAGAUCCUGGCGCAGGAGUACCUGACGCCGCUGCGCAAGAUGUCCGAGCAGCUCAACAUCACCACCAACGUGGACAACCUCAAGUCGCUGAGCGACAACAUUGCCGUCAUCACCAACAUCAACACUAGUCUUCUCAACCUGUUCAAGCAGCGCAUCGAGUCCAAGCCGUGGCACUGCCACACGCUGUUUGGCGACAUCUUCUUCAAGCUGUCGGACCUUCUCAGGUGCUACAUCUCCUACGUCAACCAGUACAACCGCUCGCUCAACUCGGUCAACGAGUUUAUGAAGCACUCGGCGCUCAGCGACUACAUCACAGCGACGACGCUGCGCACCAACCAACGCCUGAACGACCUGAUCAUCAUCCCCGUGCAACGCAUCCCACGUUACGUCCUGUUACUGGAGCAGAUGGCCAAGGUGACCGAGGCGUCGCACCCGGACCGCGCACAGCUCGUCCAGGGUCUGGCCAAGGUGCAGUCGAUCGCCGACUAUGUCAACGAGAAGAAGCGCGACUUUGAGAACGUGAUCCACGUGUCGAUCCUGCAAGAGUCGAUCACAGGCUUCAACAUCAUGGACUACCCGUCGCUGCGGUACAUCCUGGAGGGCGACCUGCAGAUCUACAUGCCCUCGUCGGGCAGCGGCUACACCAAGGGUGGCAACUCAAUGAUGGGCGGCUCGUCGUCGGGCAGCUCGCAGGACAAGGAGAUGAAGGGCGCGCCCGUCGCCACGAUCUUCCACGUGUUCCUGUUCAACCAGAUGCUGGUCAUUUGUAAAUAUAAGAAGGGCAAGGAGAGCUACUUCCUGUCCAACAAGCACCUGUUCACGUCGUCCAACGAUCGCAAGUCUAAGCAGCCCAAGUACAAGUUCAUCUUCAAGCAGAGUCUGACGUGCGACACCACUCUCUCGCACAACAAGUCCGAGAGUUGGUUCAGUGUGGACAAUCAGCAGGACUUCAAGAAGUUCAUCGCCAAGACCGUGGCCGAGAAGGACAUGUGGAUACAGCACAUUCAAUCAUGUAUCACCAAGGCAACCGAGAACAAAAAGUCCAAAGUCAAUACAUCGUCUGGCUCUCUU